AUGACGCAAGAAUGCGAUCCGGUACCAAUGUCCAACCAAGAGUUCUUCGAGUCCUUGGGCCUCAAGACCGUCACCCUCACGGUUGGGCCACACGGCAAACAACGCACUGCCCACUUAAAGCUAUUGUCGGACGCUAUCAAAGGUGCAAAGGCGGCUGACCUUCCUCUCAAGUUCGUUGAAGAAGAUCCUGAAGUUUUCGAUGACUUCCUGGCUUGGCUGUACAAUCCGCAAAGGAAUCAUAAGGUGAAUAGUGACGGGGAAUGGACCAAUUUACUCAAGCUUUACGCCUUUGGGGUCAAGUGGGGAUGCGAGGAGCUGAACAAGAGCAUUGCCCAAAUUCUGUUUUGCCAAUGCAUACCUUCAGAUUCCAAUGCUCCCUUGGGCCUUAUCGCCAUUCUUGCCAAGAUCGAAUACCUCCGACAUCUCAAUGAUUACGCCCAGCAGUGCUACACACAAAUGCUUCGUGAUUUCUCUCGUUACUUCACCAACAAGAGUAUCACGGUGCUCGAUAGGCUUAUCGAAGUUUAUUUCGGCGCUAUGGAAGCAAAAUGUUAUAUUGUGCAAAACAAGGUCAUAUCCUCAAUCAAAAAUAAACUGUCUGACAGUGACGAGUGGCUUCGCAUGGAUCAAAUGAAGGAAAUCUUUGAUAAAACACAAAACUUUAAGCCAACGCCGCUUCGAUUAUUUUGUGUUGCCCAGACAUGGUACCGAAGAUAUGCAAUGAGAGACCCCGGGUGUAUGCGUUUGGAUGCUGAGAGUGUGCAGCAGUUCCAGGGUAUUGACAAUGAGGAAUGUGGUAUAAUAUUUCAUGAAAUCACCGGGUUCAUGGAGGAAUGGAUGGAUUUCCAACAGCUGGUUAACCACAAUAGUAUCACAGAAUACGAGGAUCCCCGAGGCACUGGCUACGCAUUUGAGUGGGAGCAGGAGUUUGGGGCUCUCUAUAGGUAA